AGCUAAUUGCGUUGAGACGAUGUUCCGCCUCGCCGUGUUCCUGAGCGCGAUCGCGUGCGCGUCGGGCCUCGUCGCCCGGUCGGCGCUGACGAUGACGACCGGCAGCCAGGUGCCGUACCGGAUCCGCCUCAAGCGCAUCUCGAACCAGAACAAGGGCCGCAUGCGCCUGAACGUGUUCCGGUCGAACCAGCACAUCUACGCCCAGGUCAUCGACGACAAGGAGGGCACGACGCUCUGCGCCGCGAGCACGCUCGACGAGACGGUCAAGGAGGCGACGGGCGGCAAGGGCAACGACGUGUCCGCCGCGGGCAAGGUCGGCGCGCUCCUCGCCGAGCGCGCCAAGGGCAAGGGGCUCGAGUCGGUCUACUUCGACCGCUUCUCCGGAUCGAACAAGUACCUCUACCACGGGCGCGUCAAGGCGCUCGUCGAGGGCGCCCGCGAGGCCGGCCUGACCGUGUGAGGCGCCGGUCGUCGUGAGCUCCGCCGCCCCUAUGAUAAUACACUUCCAUUG